AUCGGCCUAGUUUUUUUUAGAAGUGCUCGUAGAAAUAAAGUGUUUGUGCGCGCAUCUAUGAGAAUUGAGUGUGAGCACCUGCUGCAUAAAAACCUAUCAGCGAUCGAGCUCUAUAAAUUGCGGCCUCAAUCCCAUGCAUCGAUCUACACAUUCUUCCCCAUCACUGAAAGAGAUCCUCAGGCUAGCUAAUUAAGAUACACGGACGUACACAUACAUACGGAGAUGAAGAAGGCAUUAGUAGUAGGGGUCUUGGCUGUGCUGAUGGCCACAGCCAUGGCGGCGUCGGCGCCUCAGCCGCAUGUCCCGUUCACGGACGAGGACCUGGAGUCGGAGGAGAGCAUGUGGAGCCUCUACCAGAGGUGGCGCGGCGCCGUGCACACCUCGUCGCUGGACAUGGAUGUCGCCGAGACGGAGAGCAGGUUCGAGGCGUUCAAGGCGAACGCCAGGUACGUCAGCGAGUUCAACAAGAAGGAGGGCAUGACCUACAAGCUCGGCCUCAACAAGUUCGCCGACAUGACGCUCGAGGAGUUCGUCGCCAAGUACACCGGUACCAAGGUGGACGCCGCUGCCAUGGCUAGGGCUCCCCAGGCUGAGGAGGAGCUGGAGCUGGCCGGCGACGUGGCGGCUUCGUGGGACUGGAGACAGCACGGAGCUGUCACUCCUGCCAGGGAGCAGGGUACGUGCGAGAGCUGCUGGGCGUUCUCGGCGGUUGGCGCGGUGGAGGGCGCGAACGCGAUCGCGACGGGGAAGCUGGUGACGCUGUCGGAGCAGCAGGUGCUGGACUGCUCCGGCGCCGGCGACUGCAUCGGCGGCGGGUCGUAUUUCCCGGUCCUGCAUGGCUACGCCGUGAAGCAGGGGAUCAGCCCGGCUGGCAGCUACCCGCCAUACGAGGCCAAGGAUCGGGCCUGCAGGAGGAAUACUCCUGCAGUGCCCGUGGUGAAGAUGGACGGCGCAGUCGAUGUGACCGCCAGCGAGGCCGCUCUCAAGCGCAGCGUCUACAGGGCUCCGGUCGCGGUCUCCAUCGAAGCCACCCAAAGCCUCCAGCUCUACAAGGAGGUAAUUAAUCGAAUUUAAAUUACUUCAAAUUAAGAUUAAUCGUUGUAGCAAAAUGAGUUAGGGGAGGUGGUCUGGUUGAUUUGAUCCAUUCCUCCCGGCUUUUCUCCAGAAUUGAUUUAGCAUCUGACUUUUUUUCCUUUUUUUUCAAUCAUAUCUCUUAUAAUUGGUUUUUCUCCUAUAUAUAGUACAUAAAAAUGUGUGAUAAACAUGCA